UCGAAGAGAAACCAGGUGAUGUCAAAUUGGCGUGCGAUCGAUUGAUGGCCGUGGGAAAAAUGCAUCGCACAAAGGCCUCUUCAAUGCAAAGCAAUGCUUUCCAAAACAUGGAAGAACCGUUUCUUCACAUGGUCAAGGAAUCCUUACAAGAUCGCUUCAAUGAAAAGGCCGAAGGACUUUUUCGAAAAUUCUUUCAGUUUUGCCUAAAAUAUUUAUUGGAAGGUUAUAACGGCUAG